AGAAACGCAAAUCUGUGAUAACGGUCUAGGAUGAUAAGUCCUUGUGGAGACCCAGUUAGUUAUGAGCGUGUGGCAACGUGCUAACUUGUUUAAAUUGCACCGCUCUAAGGGAAGUAGGGGAAGUGCCUGUCUAAAGGACAACAGAGCGGUUUUGCACUAACAGGCAGGGAUAAAUGAAGAGAACUAUCUGCCACAGAGCGGUGGUAUCUUAACGUCUUUGUUACUUCGUAAUAGGGCCCAUCGAUUACUUAGUGCCAGAUUGAGAAAGGCAGGCAAAGAUCUUUCUUUAUGUGCAUCAUCUCUUUUAGUACCUAUGACAAUCCUCUAAGGAAAUCAUUUCCAGAAAUACGCCAAUCUGAUCCUGAAGAAUGGAAAUCUUCAAAAGAUCUGAGAAGCAAUCUUGGACAUUUAGAAUCAGAACUUUUGUUUCUAAGCACACUUACUAACAUCAAUAUAAUCAGUUACUCUAAGAAGACAAAGAACCUAACAAGCACUGAGAUGACAGAAAAGAGUAUAAAGAAAGUUCUACAGAGACACAAAUUAUCAGGAAAUUGCCACAUGAUUACAUUUCAAGUUGAAUUCCAGAUUCUGGAAGUACAGAAUCAGGAGAAUUUAUCUUCUGUUAUUACUGACCUCAACAUAAUAAUGGAGCCCACUGCAUAUUCAGAACUAAGUGAAUUUGUGUCUAGAGCAGAAGAAAGAAGAGAUCUGUUGAUGUUUUUCCGAAGCCUACACUUUUUUGUGGAAUGGUGUGAAUAUCGUAAACGCACAUUUAAGCAUUUCAAGGAAAAGUACCCAGAGGCUGUGCACCUCUUGGAGGGGGCCUCCUCCAGCUACAUGGGGAUCCAAAGUACCAGCCAGCCAGGGUUUGAAUUAGUCAUUGUUUGGAGGAUACAAAUAGAUGAAGAAGGGAAGGUUUUACCAAAGCUGGAUCUUCUCACUAAAGUGCCGCAGCAAGCCCUGGAGUUGGACAAGAAGGGAGUAAUAGAAACUGCUCCUUUCAGCUUCCGAACCCUGCUGGGCGUGCUAGGCAUUGAAGUGGCUGUAGAAAGCCUAAUAAGAUCACUUUGCAUAGAGGAAAACCACUAGUUCCCAAAUAGUAACACCUAGGAGUCAGAUGCUACACCAGGGAGCAUGGAGUUUUUAUUGAAUAUAAACAUUUGCUGUUUUCCACUUAGAACGUGUUUGUGCAGUUAUGACACAUUAUAUAUAAACUGUCAGGACAUGAAAAAAAUAAAUACAGCUACUUAAAUAAAAACUGGCAAACACUGAUCUGUGGGGAGCAGCUGUGCACCCCUCCCACACCCAGUCUGAGGGCAGAAGCAGGCACCCACCACCUGGGGCUCUUAAAGCAUCAUUGCUUAGACAUUCCCAAGAUACCCUGGGAAAGGUGCACCGCCCUCCCCACCUCCCUGCUGUGGAAAGCAGCACUCGGAGGCAUUUACAGCGCCUCUCAGCAAGUCCUCUGACAUUCUCUCCACUUGGUUAUCCACAAAAAAGGGGAGCAUGAGAUUAAAAACUUCAAUAAGACAGCAAAGAUUGCACUGUCCCUUCACACGAGAUCUUAGUACCCAUUCCUCCACAUAGAAGAAACCGGGUUUUCAUUUAAGUCCCCCAGAGUCUAAGUGCUGCACUGACCCCAGUCACCCAUUUAAAAUGUUAGAAUUAGUGAAAACAUUGUUUCAAUCAAAUGAACACCACAGGUAAGAAGAGGCUAUGGUGGAGUGAAUAGAGCAAAGGGUUGCACAAAGUCCUCCUAGCAGGGGCUGUCCAUCUGUAUCCUCUUCCCCUGAGUUUCAGACUGCCCAGGACAGGCCACCAGGAGACUGCCCAGUUCACUUCCUCAAGGGGCUAGGGUUCCUGAGCUCCAUGCAUAGGGACCCAGGGUUCUAUGCACAUGGUGAUGCCAGGUAAGACUGUGUGUCAUGAUCAUGUCCCACCUACCCCUCCCCUGUCCCAUGCCAGCAACAAGGGAGAACCUCCAGGCAAAAACCACACGACCACUGCUUCUCUCCCCACACCCUGUGACUUGCAUGAGAACACAGUUCCACUCGUGUCCCCGU